AUGUCUUCCUUUACAACACCUCGCAAGUCUCUUCGGUUACGUAAAAAUGAACCUUCGCCGUUUUUAAUAAAUCGAAAACGUGAAUUAUUCCCAGUAGAUAACUGGGAUGAAGACAGCCAUGACAUAACUCCUUUACAAUCAUCUCCUGAAGUGUAUGAUCCUGGACUUGAUACUCCAGAUUCAUCAUUUAACAUGAAUCGCACUCCAAACACUGAAUUAAGUCCCACUAUGAGUGAUAAAUUUGAAAGACUUAUGUCAGGAUCAAAGAAUGGACAUAAUUGUUCAGCAACAAUUGUCAUCGAGGAAACUCCAAAUUCUAGACAAGUUAAAAAUGUUAACACAACACCUUUUGAAUCGGAGACUAACAAAGCUGCUAAAACUCCUUCAAAGAAAAGCUUUGGUUUAAAUAAUAAGGCUGUAUUAGGAGUAAAAACGUUAUCCUUUUAUGGAAGAAAUCAAAUAUCAUUGGAAGAUCUUCGUAUGAAAAGAUUUGCUCGCUUAAAUUGUAAUUCAAAAGUAAAAGCUAAGCUGUUUAAAGAUAAAAAAUCAACGAGUAAGAAAAGACCAAGAUCAACCAGUCGAGAAUCAAAAUCCAAGAUAAUUUUGUUUCCUGGUGUUACAUUGCCAUUUAAAAAAAAAACUAUAGAUAAAAAACUGAACAAUGCUGAAUUAUGUGAAGAAAAACAUGAUUUAAUCGAAAACAAUGAAGUAGUUAAGAAAAACAGUUUUGAUUUUUCUAAACCAUCUUCUUCAAAAAACGUCUGGACAGAAUAUAUUAAACAGGACAAACCCGAACGUAUAAAUACUGAGGAUUCUGAUAAAAGAAAAUUUUUCAAAUCAAAAGUAAUUCAUAACAAUACACCAAAUAUAAAAGAUAAUAGCUUUAACUUUAAAGUUGUUAACUGGGGCGAUAAAAAUAGGAUGAGCAAUGUUGAUCAAUCUGAUUUUAAUAACACUGAAAUACUUGAUGAUGGUGCAAUCGAACAAAUUGGACAAGAAGUUAAUGAAUUAAUAGAAUUGUUGGAUGAUGAAGAUGACGAUGACAAUUCUACAGCUGUGCGUUACCCUGGUCUUAGAUCAAAUUCUACAAAAAGAAAUCAUGAUGAUCGAGAUGAUGAAGAUUCAUGUAAAGGGCUAGACUCAAAACGUUUGAAGUCAGAUGUACAAAGCCACAACCAUAUCAUUUUCAGAAGUCAAAUGCCAGAUUUGAUUAGAGAUACUUAUGCUGUCGAUGGAAAUUAUCAUUCAGCUUAUUCAUCACACAAAGAUGUGUCAAGUAUGGUUGAACUUAAUAAUACGGUCUUAGAUGAAUCCCUUGAUGAAUCAAUAGAUGCUUCUGCAAUAUCAAAUGUAUCACCACAAACAAAGUUAUUCCCUAUUUUUACCAAACAAACACCUUCACCUAGUCAUAUUACAUGUGAAAAACCUUUAACACGGAGAAUAAAAAGAAUUUUUGAUGCUACUCAGUAUCAAAUUGAUGCAGGUCAAAAGAAAUUUGGUGGUUUUUUGUGCCAAGAGUGUGGUCUUUAUUAUUCAAGGGGUGAACCAGAAGAUGAAGCAGAACAUGAUAAAUACCAUGUAGCCAAGAAUAUCUUUAAGUAUAAUAGCUUUAAAAAUGAAAAAAUUCUUCAUCAGGACACUAAUGAACGUAUUGUUGUUAUAUCUGGCUCAGAUCCUAAAAUAGCAUGCACUAAAGCUUUAGAAGUUAUAUCAUUUGUUGAUGUAGAACUUGGCUUUAACACACAAAACUUUAUUUUACCUAUGACUAAAAAGGUUUAUUUGUAUAUAAAAGACAAACAAGUAAUAGGAUGCCUAGUAGUAGAACUAAUAUCUGAGGCUUAUCGUAAUCUUGAAACUGAAACAGAAGACAUGGUUAUUGUUUCUGAAGAAUCAUAUCCUGUAAAAGUCGGUGUUAACCGUAUAUGGACAAAAUUGGACUGUCGUAAAAAUGGAAUUGCCUCAAAACUCCUAGACUGUUUCCGUAAAAACUAUGCUUAUGGUCAUGUAUUGACACUUGAUGAAAUAGCAUUUACAGUACCCACGCGUGCUGGAAAACAAUUCAUUAAAAAAUACACCAACAAAAAUGAUUAUUUUGUCUAUACUGGAUGGUAA